CUUAUCUCCCUCCCCGACUUCAUUUCCCUCCACUCCCGCUUUCCUAUAUAUCCUCCCUGUUUUCCUGUCUGCUGCUCAUCUGAACUAUGGCGACCGUACUCUGGCUUGUUUCUCAGCUUCUCUAAUGCCCUCCCUCGUCUGGUCUUUGUCCGCCACUUUGCGACCAAUGCACGAGGAUACUCGAGAUGGGUAAUCUUGGUGACCUGUCGCCCCAGGGCAGUGUCGCGGUUGGGGUGAUUGUCGGGUUGAUCUCGACCAGCUUCCAGGCCAUUGGCUUGACCCUACAGCGCAAGUCGCAUAUCCUCGAGGACGAAAAGCACGACUACGAUCUACGAAGACCUCCUUACAAACGUCGGAGAUGGCAGCUGGGAAUGCUGAUGUUUGUCGUGUCGAACAUCGUGGGGAGUACGAUCCAAAUUACUACACUUCCGCUCCCGGUGCUCUCGACUCUCCAAGCGUCGGGACUUGUCUUCAAUACCAUCUUCGCUACCCUGAUCUUGGGCGAAGCUUUCACUAGAUACUCCCUCAUCGGCACCGUCCUCGUCUGCAUCGGCGCACUCUUGAUCGCGAUUUUCGGCGCCGUCGGGGAGCCCGCGCACACACUCGACCAACUUCUAGAACUCCUGCAACGGCGAGGGUUUAUCCUAUGGAUGGUGGGAACGGCUGUACUGGUGCUGGCCAUCUUACUGGGUUCCAAUUCUCUGAGAUAUUUCACCUCGUCGCGCGCCAAACACUCCGGCUCUCGCCAUCCGUGCUGUCCUUGCCUCCAAUUGCCUCCGAGCCGAGUGCGGCUGAUCCGUGGACUGUCAUACGGCCUGAUAAGUGGGAUUCUCUCGGCACAUUCGCUUCUGUUAGCCAAAUCCGCCGUUGAGCUGCUGGUGCGGACCGUCGUGGACCGCGUCAACCAGUUCAAUCGGUGGCAGUCAUGGGUUAUCUUGAUUGCCAUGAUCUCCCUUGCGCUCACACAACUAUUCUAUCUUCACCGCGGCCUGAAACAGUGCAGCACCAGCGUUCUCUAUCCAUUCGUCUUCUGCAUCUACAACAUCAUUGCCAUCCUCGACGGACUCAUUUAUUUCCGCCAGAUGUCGCAGUUGACGGGUUUUCAUGCGGGACUUAUCGCGCUUGGCACCAUCGUCCUUCUCAGCGGUGUACUUUGUCUCUCGUGGCGCUUGGAGGUGGUCGACAGCCACGCAGCCGUGACCGUUCCCGCGCCAACCCAGACCGCACUGGGACCGGGAAUGGCCAUUGUGGACGAACAUCCCCAAUCCCCUGUCGGCCUGGAACCCGAAGAAGACGAAGAAGCGCAAGUCGGCGAACGCGAACCUCUCCUCCGUGGCGCCCCUCCAUAUCGUGGCCUUCCUCAUCGACGCACCCCCAGUCUCCCUCUCCUCUCCCCAUCACAUCAACGGAGCUCCACCGACUUGGACCCAGCUUCGAUCUGGGCCGAGCUCGACGAUUCCGAUUACGACUAUGCCGACACUGACGUCCAAUCCCCAUUACUCCACCGUGCCGACCCAUUCAAAACCCGACCUAGGAGUAAGACAGGUCGAGACGGCUCCCUGCGUGCAUCCCGGCACCCACAACAUCCUCUGCAUGCUUCCCACCGACUGUCCCUUUCCGAACGACGAACCUCCGCCCCGGCUGCUGAAAUCCGUAAACCUCUGCAAAAGCAGCACGUGCAUUCCGAUGCUGCCCAUCCCUUGACCCGGGCAUACGGCACGCAAGAUGACCGCUCCGACCAGCUGUUUUCCAGCCAGACUCAUCCUCAUAGUCACGCACACCACGCAUCACCGAAUCCUACACACUCACAUUCCCAUUCUCAUUCCCGCCCCCUCGCAGGCCCGAGGAGCGUUUUCAACACGGCAUGGACAACUCUCGCCCGGUGGACGGGAUACCGACGACGUAGUUCCGACGAUCCCGAGGCUCUUGAUUCUCGUGAAGAUAACAACCACGGGCUAUGAUCAUUCGAUAUCCACCUACCCUAUCCAACCUCGGAAGUUUCCUUUCCUCAGAAUAGAACGAGAAAGACAGAAAGACAGAAUAUUAUGACGCAGUGUCACUGAUCGCAUGUUAUUAUGUAUGCAUGUAUGUUUGUACAGUACUCUCUUUCCUUUCCCUUUUGCUUAGUAUAACUCAUCACCAUAAGUGUCUUUUCUUUGUUUCUUUUUUAAUUAUCAAUAUAUAGAUCGAAGAGAUUAUCUACUAUACUUGCUUCCAUAUUUCCUCGUCUUCUUUUC